CCUGUACACAGACGUUACAGGAAGCUGAUCCCAGCUGGUGGGUGGAUCUGGGUCAAUCGUACAUGGUUGGCAGAGUGAUCAUCAUUAACCGCGGGGACUGUUGUCAGGAGCGAAUCAACCCCUUCAACAUCCACAUCGGAGAUUCCGAGCUCAUUCACACGAAUCCCAAGUGUGGAGGUGACCAUCAAAUCGACGUGAGCCAGCCGUCCAUUUCCGUCCCGUGUGAGGGGAUGAAGGGGCGCUACGUAGGCGUCCGUCUUCCCGGACCCUCCCGAACACUGACCUUGUGUGAAGUACAUAUCUCGGGUAUCGUGAAGUGCUCCCCUGGGUAUUUCCGCUGUGCAGACAAAUACACCUGCAUAUUGUCAUGGAGACGCUGUGACGGGACCUCAGACUGUCCGGACCGCAGCGACGAGGAAAGAUGUGUGUGCUCGAGAAUUCCCGAGGAUUUCCAGCUCAACAGCAGACUCACCAUGUUACCGAACCCGAUGAAGCAGACGACAGCCGAGGAGAUACGGAACUCCUCUGCCGUGGAGCUUCUCAACAGUUCCUACAGCAUCGCGGGGGAACACCAUCCGGAGUUACGAGAAUUCGUAUCUACUGUAAUUUUUCCAGGAUGCAAUGUGACUAAAGAGAACCUUCACCACUGUCCGUCUUCAAACAUCACGGCCUCAUGCGUUGGAAGACAGCUGCUGCCAUGCCGUUCUUGGUGUGAGGAAGUGUUCAGCAUGAGUGAAGCCCUGAUGAGGGACCUGCUGCCUCCAUGUGAGCUGUUCCCGUCACCACAGCACGCCUGUUGGAACCCUGAACCAGCAGUGAAAGAUACGGAAGUUUGCUAUCAUGGCACUGGCACAAACUACCGUGGAGCAUGGAGUACAACUACUUCCGGGGCAAAGAGUCUUGAGUGGUCAGAUGAUAACUACAAGGCAGAGUACCCCUGGGCUAACCUGGACAAGAACUACUGCCGUAACCCUACCGGUCUGGAGCGGCCAUUUUGUUUAACCGAGGACGAUUCCGUUAGCUGUGCAGACAGAGGGCCUCCAAUCUACGGCAAGAGAACUCCGAGCAAGAGGUUCUACCUGUUGGAAGAAAAGGUGACGUACACGUGUAACGACGGCUACAUGCUGGAGUACGGUUAUCCUCGGGAAGUCAGGUGCCGCCAGGGGAACUCCUCGUCCGCCGGCGUCUGGGAAUAUCACAUGCCCACUUGUUCAGUAAACUAUAAGCGACGGCUGCAAAAGGAGCUACUAGGGACCUACAGUGCGAGUCUGGCACCUGACGAAAAUGUCACCAUCAACUUCUGGGGGGAAGUGGAACAAAUCGUCAACUUGGAUGAAAAGAAGGAGCAGCUUCUUGCUUCUUUGAUCAUCGAUUUCACAUGGUACGACGCUAGGCUGAAGUGGAACCCAAAGUAUUACGGUGAUAUCGAGACAUUCAGCGUUCCUGGCAAGGAUAUUUGGAUCCCAGCAUUCACUCUCAAGAGGAAGUAG